AUGGCCCGUCGACCCAAACGAUUAUCUUCACCUGGUGCUUCGUCCUCUGUUCCAAGAACUCGCAGGUCGCGUCAUUCUCUCUUCUUUGCCGGCCUUCCUGACUAUGUUGAUUCGGGUGACUGUACGUGUGUUUGCGAAUUUUGUGGCGCCUGUUUCUUGUAUGUUGAAACGGCGCUCAGACUUUCUAGGCCUGGUCAUCCGAAGUAUUAUCAUUGUUGUCAGGAUGGUGAUGUCGUUCUUCCUUAUCCUUCGAGGUUUCAUCCUGAAUUUCUUGAUUUGUAUCAAAAUGCUAGAUUUUUGAAAGACAUUACGACAUAUAAUAGCAUGUUCUCUAUGGCUUCAUUUGGGGCGAAUGUAGAUAAGUUUGUCAAUGACAAUCGGGGCCCUUAUGUUUUCAAGAUAUUUGGUCAAAUUUGUCAUAGGAUAGGAUCGUUGUCCCCGGAUCCUACAAAGGGCCCUAGAUUUCUGCAACUUUAUCUUUUUGAUACAAGGAAUGAGGUUCGAAAUAGAUUCAGGGCUUUUGGUGGUCCAGCGGGAAUGGAUUUACAAAAUUAUAGUGUACGGCUGUAUGAAUUGCCUUCCGCUGGAUCCUUGGGAUGUAUAGUAACUGGUGAUGACACUACCAGUAUGACAUAUGACAUCGUUGUAUUUUCGCAUUCAGGUCGGCCUCAACGCAUUAGUAAAUUGCAUCCCUCUUAUAUGCCUUUACAAUAUCCACUUUUGUUUCCUUACGGUGAGGAAGGGUGGUCACCCCGUUUGAAGAUGCGUAAUCAGAGGGGAGUAAGUGCAAAAAGUCUCACUGUCAAUAUGUAUUACGCGUACCAUACACAUGCCCGACAUCAGAUUUGGUCUCCAAUUGUAAAUGCCACUAGGCUUUUCCAACAAUAUUUAGUUGAUGCAUAUACGUGUAUAGAGGAAGGCCGAUUAGAUUAUAUAACCAAAUAUCAAUCAAACUUACGUUCCGAUUAUGUGAGUGGGCUUUAUGAUGCGCUAUCAAAGGGGGACCGGGAAGCACGUGUUGUUGGGAAGCAUGUUUUCUUGCCCGCAUCCUUCACUUCACUGGUGGUCCCUGGUUUAUGUAUAGCCAUUAUCAGGAUGCGCUUACGAUCUGUAGAGUUUAUGGCAAUCCACAGUAUUUUAUCACUUUGA